UCAAAUAUAACUUGACCAAUAAAUAAAAAGUUAGGAUAAACAAAAUGUAAAUUUCGUGUUCCAUAACUUUUUUGUCCAUGCUUUUACUCACUUAUUAGGAGUGAUGGUAAAGAAUCUUCACUGCUAUAACGACAGUAAAGAAAUUAGAAAAUUGGACGUGUGACUUCUGAGACCUCUAGUACUUUGCCAUCCCGACACAGCCGAAUACAUAAAGUUCUCAUGUGAACAAACUUGCCAGUUUUUAUUGCUUCCAACACAUCGGUUUAACUAUUUUAAAGUGUAUAUGGUUUGCCGUCCAGCAUAAAAGUGUGCAGUGCAAUAGAAUUGUGCGUGUUUGUUCACGUGAGAACUUUAGUCAUUCGGCUUUGUCGGGUGGAGGAGGGUGUAUGACACAACAUUGGCAUUGUACUAAUACGAUAUGACCAAAACAUCUAUUAUGAAUAGUAAAAGUCUACGUGAAAAAAAAUAUAAAUGCAUACUGUAUGUGUUUAUAGAUCUACAUUUACAAAGAUGAUGGGCUACCAUUGACUGCUGAGGAACUGGAGACCAAGCUCAUUGUGUUGGUUACACAAUACAACUUGUCUGAUGCAAUGAUGAGCCCCUCUGAUCUCCAAGAUAAAACCGAAUACUUGCUUCAGACUGAAUUAACUUACACAGUACCACCCAGUGGCAUUGUCUGCAUAAGUGUACCAACCUCCCACGAAGCAAACCACCUAACUCUUGAGGCGCACUUUGGUGCGGUCAUGACUUCCAUGUCAGUGUGGGCAGAGGAACAUUUUCAAAAUGAUUCCAUCAUUCAGGUCAGAGCUCAUGAAACAAGUGUCACGGUUGGAAGCCCUGUCACCUUUACAGUACAAACUACAGACAGCAGCAUUUCUGAAGUGUCCUACCAGGUGGCGGCAAUGGGCCAUGUGUUGGAAGCUGGAGUUGCUCGCUUGCCACAAUUCACGCUGACGCCCUCAGACGCCUGGGGACCAGCUACCUACGUCAUAGCCUACUAUGGAACAGACGAUGGUGACAUCAUCCAUGAUGGUGUGGAGCUGGUGGUACAGGAGUUCGUGAAUAUGGUCGAAGUGAAAUGGAGCGCACAGUCAGCUGUGCCUGGUGAAUACGUGAACCUGGAGGUCACGGCCACAGACUCCGAGUCAUUUGUUGGUGUUGUAGCCAUCCAAAACUAUUACUAUUGGCGAGGAAUGAAUAUGAUCUCUGAUAUCCUGUCUGCAUCUGCUUUGGACUCGAAUCCUAAAUGGUGGCAUGACAACAUGUUCUUGAAUGCUGGACUGAAUUAUGCUACCAAUGGAAGAAUAAAAUACUGGGACAGCAAAAAGGCGAACAAAGAUCACUCAAGAAAAUUAGAAAAUGAUCGUUUGCGCAAAUCCAACGGAGGGUUACCAGAGGCCUGGGUUUGGCAGCCUGGUGUAAAAGGACCAAACAAGAAGACGACAUUCACAGCCGUUGUUCCAAAAGUCAAUUCCCGCUGGAUGGGCAUUGCCUUUUCCGUGUCUAAAACAAGUGGAGUCACUUACGCUUACACCAGAACUCAGUUUGAAGUGUCUUCUCCAUUGCAUGUGGACAUAAAUGUGCCCAAUGUUGCCAUUCUUGAUGAAGAGUUCAUUGUGGAGGUGAAAGUCUUCAACAAGCAACCAAAGAUUAUCGAGGUCCUGGCAACGUUGCAUGCCAGUGAGACUCACUUCAAAGUUCUCUAUCAAACCGAAGGGAAGUCUCCGUACAAACGUCAUCUGAACGUGCCCAAUAAGGAGUCUGGCACUGUGUCUUUCCCCGUGUCUCUCCUGGUUGCCGGUGAAUUCUGUUUCACCGUGGUGGUGUCAUACAAUAAUAUCAAUUACACUGUGGUGGGAUGCACCUUGGGGAAGCAUUCAGGUUUUCCGCAAUCUUACUCAGAAAGCGCCAUACUCAAAUUGUCAUCAGACGAGGUCACAAAAACGUUCACUUUCAACUUCCCAUCCAACGUCGUCAAGGGAAGCAGUUCAGCUUCCUUUUACAUCUACGGAGAUAUCAUUGGGCCCUCUCUCACUGGACUCGAUCAGCUCCUGCAAAUGCCAUAUGGCUGUGGGGAACAGAACAUGAUCAACUUUGCACCAGGCAUCUACAUCCGGAGAUAUAUGGAAGUUACCCUACAGAUUACUCCGGAGAUUAUUGAAAGGUCUUUGACUUAUAUGACAUCAGGCUACCAGCAAGAGCUCCACUACAGGAGAGACGAUGGUUCCUUCAGUGCUUUUGGAAAUUCGGAUCAACAAGGCAGUACAUGGUUGACGGCCUUCGUGUUGAGGACGCUCCUGCAGGCACAGCGUUACAUCACCGUGGAUGAGCACGUGAUCUCCGAUGCACGCAAUUUCCUUUUGAACAACUUAUUGCCCACAGGGCAGUUUGAGGAGCGUGGCUACGUUAUUCACAAGGAGCUGCAGGGUGGCUCAGCGAGCCACAUCAGCUUGACAGCCUACACUCUGCUCGCCUUCCUCGAGGACGCCACGACUGACGUUUUACCAAUCUCAUCUGCUGUGCACUUCCUGGAGGCCAACGUGAGUGGGAGUGGUUUGACGGCCAGCCUGCCUUUGGCGCUCACUACCUAUGCCCUCUCCCUUGCCAACAGCAGUUUGGCUAGCACUGCCCUGGACCUGCUCAAUGUUCAUAAAAAAAUUACAGAUGAUGGACUGAUAUACUGGUCAGAUUCAGCAUCAGGUCAACCUUCCUAUUACUGGCAACCAACAGCAAUCACCAUCGAAACCACAGCUUAUGCCCUCCUGGCUCAUCUGCGUCUGGGAAAGAUCACAGAGGCAAUUCCCAUCAUGAAUUGGUUGAGUCAGCAAAGGAACCACCUGGGAGGAUAUGCAUCCACACAGGACACAAUUGUGGCGCUGCAGGCUCUGUCCGAGUACUCCAUCCAUUCGUUCGGAACUUUACAAGGGAAAGCGAAAAUCUCCACAUCAGAACAUAGCGUCGAAGUACAGCUAUCCGGCAUGAAUGCCUCGGACAAACACGUCGAAAAGAUUUCUACUUCCUCAAACAUAAAUGUGAAGUUGUCUGCGAUUGGGAAUGGGACCAUUAUUGGCCAGCUGAAUGUUUUCUACAAUGUGCACGACGCACCGGGACUUCGCAGAGCCCGAUCAGCGGCCCCCGAAUAUGUGCUGGCGUUGGACUUCAACGAUAACAGUGCCAAUGGUGCCAUUGGAGAGAAGGUGUAUCUGACGGCAUGUGCAAAGUGGAUGGGCGAGGGCCCCUCCGGCAUGGUUCUCAUGGAGGUGAACCUGCUCAGUGGCUUUCACGUGGCUGACAAUCUGUUCACCCUCAACGAAAUCCUCAAACUGGUGGAGGUCUCACCGGGAAAGGUCUACCUCUACUUUGUGAACCUAAAUGACAGUGCAACAUGUGUAGAAAUAACACAAUACCGAGUGUCUUCAGUUGCAAAAGCUAAGGAAGGAUUGGUUGCUAUUAGUGACUACUAUGAACCAACGACAAGAGUGGAGGAAGUGUACAGAUCCAAACGACUCUCCGAGAUGGACCUUUGCGCUCUGUGUGGCCCAGGCUGCAUCAAUUGCAAGAGCAAUGUACCAAGUCCAUCUAGCAGGGUGACCAUAUCUCCAGCCUUGUGGGUCCUGCUCUCUGUUGCCUUUAUUCUGUUCCAGCAGGAACUAUAGAACGCGGCCUUGUAACCAAAGA